AUGACCCCACCGCGCUGGAUCCACGGGCGAUCGGCUGGGCAGCAGAAACGGGACCCAGCCUGGACUGCGGAGGGAACAAGAGCCAAGGGACUGGAAGCCCGGCCUCGCCAGCCCCGCGCGGAAGAUCGCAGCGGGACUCCGGCGCCCUCUAACCACCUCGAACCCCGGGGACCCGCCAGCGUUCCGGGACACCGCCACCACUCCCGCGGAGUCCGGGGCGGGUGCUCGCUCCGCAAGGACCCCUCUCUCCACCCACCACCCGCUCGAAGCUCCACGGAUCAACGCCCCGGUCGCUGUCCCCUCCCCAUCGGCGACCCCAGCCCGCGCCACCGCCGCCCGCCAGCGCGCACCUCACUCACCGCCACGCGCGCCGCCAGUCGAGCCGAGAGGUCUGAGCAGACGGAGCUGGCUGGCGGACUGGCUGGAAGGCGGCGGGGAGGGGCGCCCGAAGGCGGGGGGCGGGGCGCUCCGGCUCCCUCUUCCGGCUUGUCCCCGCCUCUACGCGCCGCCUGGACCCGAUCCUCGCCACUCGCGGGGGGCCGCCUCCCCCAAGCUAGAAACCCCACCAGGGACCUGCGACCCUCUGGCUUCUGCCCUUCCCCUCCACCGUUCCGAUCUCCCGCUACCCUCGGAACACCCCCUGACGACACCCCCAGACCCCGCUUACUCCCUGGAACCCUCCAGUUUCAGCCCAGACCCCACUCUCCCCAGGGAGAGUGUCUCCCCUUUCGGGUUCUGCUCCCCGCCACGUGCCCGCACAACCUUGAACUCCCCUCCUGA